UCUCGUAGAGCCAAUUGAAGCAGACGGACAGUCUCUCUCCUCCUGAGUCUUCCAAUUGCUCCCACAACUCUUCGAAGGUCCUUCGUCUCCGCUCGUGUAGGAUUCUACAGUCUUUUUAGGAUGACUAGACGGCAAUGGUUCCUGCAUGCUCGAUGUUGAUAUUGAUGUUAGCUCUCGCAUUCUCUGUUCUGCGAUUGAAGUUGUUGGCGAAUAUCAGUUGAUCCGAUUAGAAGGCCGUAUUUAUCUCUUCUUGAUAUUGGUUUUUGUUGUGGCUGUCAGAAAACGUUGAGAAAGACAGAGACAGAGGAUGUCGGGAAGAAAUCGCGGCCCCCCUCUUCCACUGAAAGGUGCGCCUCAUGCGGGGCGUCCUCCUUCCAUCCGCGAGCUUCCAUUUAGUAGAGACCUAGGUGCAAUGACUCAUCCAGCAUUACUGGGGGAAUUGCGCGAAUCCCAACUUGGCAUGGGCCCUGGAAGGCGCCCUCCUCACCCUGCCAUUAUCGAGGAGCGUCUCGCUGCUCAACAUGAAGAUAUUCAAGGGCUCUUGGUGGAUAACCAGAGGUUAGCCGCGACGCAUGUUGCUCUCAAGCAGGAACUGGAAGCUGCCCAGUAUGAGUUGCAAAAGAUGGUGCAGAUCUCGGAUUCCUUACGAGCAGAAAAGGAUGUUCGGAUGAGGGAAUUGUAUGAUAAAUCAGUGAGGCUGGAAGUGGAUCUGCGUGCAGUGGACGCUAUGAGGGGUGAGCUUGUUCAGGUCAAUGCAGAUAUUAAGGAGCUUACGGGUGUAAGACAAGAGCUUACUGGGCAGGUGCAAGCAAUGACUCAAGAUUUGGCUAGGAUGACGGCAGACCUACAGCAGAUGCCGGCAUUGCGGGCAGAGAUUGAGACCAUGAAGCAGGAAGUACAGCGCGCUAGAGCUGCUAUUGAGUAUGAAAAGAAAGGAAGUGCCGAUAAUUAUGAGCAUGGUCAGGUGAUGGAGCAGAACUUGGUUUCCAUGGCCCGUGAGUUGGAGAAGCUUCGAGCAGAGAUUGCUAACGCAGAGAAGAGAGCUCGUGCUGCCGCUGCUGUUGGCAAUCCAGGCUACAUUACAGCUUACGCCAAUCCUGAAGUUAGUUAUGCUGGAAAUCCUUAUCCUGCUGGCUACGGCAUGCAUCCUAUUCCUGCUGGUCUGGAAGGCUACCCCCAAUAUGGACAUGUGCCUGCUGCUUGGGGUGCAUAUGCUCCUCCUGGACACAGAUAGACUAGAUUUGCAUAUCGAUGUAAGCUGAGUUAUAACUGUUACCUUAGGCUGCAACUCACUAGGUAUAUUAUUAGGACUGGCUUUCCAGUUGUCAUCGUACUUUUGGGGGUUUGCCUCCAUUAUAUGCUGCCUGAAGUUGUACCAGACGUUUUGUUAUUUAAUGAUGGUCUUCU